GGUGUGCAGGGAUGCAGGACUGCAGGGAGGUGUGUGCGGGUGUGCAGGGAUGCAGGAGUGCAGGGACGCGUGCAGGUGUGCAGGGACGUGUGUGGGUGUGCAGAGACAGGCGUGCGGGUGUGCAGGGCUCUGGGCACAGCAGGCAGCAGCACAACCGCCCCUGCCCGCCGCCCCGGCAGCACUGCUCUACCGGCCCCAGCGCCCGCAGCUGCAUCCGGUCCCGGCUCCCGCGGCCCGGCCGUGUCCGGCCCCGGCUCCUGCGGCCUGGCCAUGUCCGGUGGCGGCACGGGCGGGCGCCGGGCCCGGGCGGCACACGACGGCUGGGGGCACUGUGGAGGUGGCCGCGGGCGUCUCCAGGAGGAAACACACUCGCUGCUUUGAGUCAGAAACCAAAAAAAAAGGGGAACCGAAAGGGUGGGGCCGGCCGGCCCCCGUCCUUCCUCCCCGCCGGCGGGAGCAGCGGGGCUGCGUGGCGCCGGGCAGGGCCGCCCCGAGCGGGGGGCGCGGGGCAGCCGGCGGCGCGGGGCGCCCGCACCGAGGACGCGGCGAGGACCUGUCCCACGUGCCCGACGCUGCUGGCCGUGGCCCAGCUGCUGCGGCUCAAGCCCGCCGGCAAGGGCGGCGCGGAGGUGGGCGCCAUGGCCAGCGUCCUCCUGGAGAGCAUCUUCCUGAAGCGCUCGCAGCAGAAGAAGAAGACGUCGCCGCUCAACUUCAAGAAGCGCCUGUUCCUGCUGACGGAGAGCAAGCUCUCCUACUACGAGUACGACUUCGAGCGCGGGCGCCGGGGCAGCAAGAAGGGCUCGGUGGACAUCGAGAAGAUCACCUGCGUGGAGACGGUGGUGCCCGAGCACAACCCUCCGCCGGAGCGGCAGGUCCCGAGGAAAGGGGAGGACUACAACAACAUGGAGCAGAUCUCCAUCAUCGAGCGGUUCCCCUACCCCUUCCAGGUGGUGUACGACGAGGGGCCCCUCUACGUCUUCUCCCCCACCGAGGAGCUCCGCAAGCGCUGGAUCCACCAGCUCAAGAGCGUGAUCCGCUACAACAGCGACCUGGUGCAGAAGUACCACCCCUGCUUCUGGAUCGACGGCCAGUACCUGUGCUGCUCGCAGACCGCCAAGAACGCCAUGGGCUGCAAGAUCCUGGAGAGCAGGAACGGCAGUUUAAAAGUCGGGCGGUCGCACCGCAAAACGAAGAAGCCGCUUCCCCCCACUCCCGAGGAGGACCAGAUGGUGAUGAAGCCGCUGCCCCCCGAGCCGGCCCCCGGCGCAGCGGGGGAGAUGAAGAAGGUGGUGGCCCUGUACGACUACUCGCCCAUGAACGCACAGGACCUGCAGCUGCAGAAGGGCGAGGAGUACCUCAUCCUGGAGGAAAGCCACCUGCCCUGGUGGAAAGCCCGCGACAAGAAUGGGAGGGAAGGCUACAUCCCCAGCAACUACGUCACCGAAACCAGCAACUCCUUGGAGAUCUUUGAGUGGUACUCCAAGAACAUCACCCGGAGCCAAGCAGAGCAGCUGCUGAAGCAGGAGGGGAAGGAAGGGGGCUUCAUUGUCCGAGACUCGACCAGCAAGACAGGCAAAUACACCGUCUCUGUCUACGCCAAGUCCGCUGUGGACUUCCAAGGCAUGAUCCGCCACUACGUCGUGUGCUGCACCCCCCAGAAUCAGUACUACCUGGCGGAGAAGCACCUCUUCAACUCCAUCCCGGAGCUCAUCACCUACCACCAGCACAACUCUGCCGGCCUCAUAUCCAGACUGAAAUACCCCGUGUCUCAACACCAGAAAAGUGCUCCUUCCACAGCUGGCCUCGGCUAUGGGUCGUGGGAGAUUGACCCGAAGGAUCUGACUUUCCUGAAGGAACUGGGGACAGGGCAGUUUGGAGUGGUGAAGUACGGGAAAUGGAGAGGCCAGUACAACGUCGCCAUCAAAAUGAUCAGGGAGGGCUCCAUGUCCGAGGAUGAGUUUAUCGACGAAGCCAAAGUCAUGAUGAACCUGUCUCAUGAGAAGCUGGUACAGCUCUACGGGGUCUGCACCAAGCAGCGUCCCAUCUUCAUCAUCACCGAGUACAUGGCCAACGGCUGCCUCCUGAACUUCCUGAGGGAAACUCGGCAGCGGUUCCAGCCCGCCGAGCUGCUGGAGAUGUGCAAGGAUGUCUGUGAAGCUAUGGAGUACCUGGAAUCCAAGCAGUUCUUGCACCGAGACCUGGCUGCUCGCAACUGUUUGGUGAACGACCAAGGAAUUGUGAAAGUCUCAGACUUCGGCCUUUCCAGGUAUGUUCUGGAUGACGAGUACACAAGCUCCAUGGGGUCCAAGUUUCCAGUUCGGUGGUCGCCCCCUGAAGUCCUUCUCUACAGCAAGUUCAGCAGCAAGUCUGACGUCUGGGCUUUUGGCGUUCUGAUGUGGGAAGUUUACUCCCUGGGAAAGAUGCCUUACGAGAGGUUUAACAACAGCGAGACAACAGAGCACGUCAUCCAAGGCCUGCGCCUCUACCGACCGCAGCAAGCCUCAGAGCGGGUCUACGCCAUCAUGUACAGCUGCUGGCAUGAGAAGGCCGAGGAGCGUCCCACGUUCACCACGCUGCUGGCCAGCAUCAUGGAGAUCACGGACGAGGAGCCGUGACCGCCCGAGUCAGGCCGUCACUGCCCACUCGCCCUGCCUGGCGCCGGUGGCUGGUACUACCGGGCCGGCAACACCUCCCCACCCUGAGCACAAGACAGCAACCCACUGCUACAGUCCCCGGACACCCCUGGUCACCAGGACGGCCCCGGUCACCAGGACAGAGCCUCAUCAGCCAUAACCAGGACGGCCCCGGUCACUGGACAGAGCCUCAUCACCUGUCAUUGGGACAGCCCCGGUCACCAGGACAGAGCCUCAUCACCCAUCACUGGGACAGCUUUGGUCACUGGACAGAGCCUCAUCACCCAUCACCGGGACAGCCCUAGUCACUGAACAGAGCCUCGUCACCUGUCAUUGGGACAGCCCCGGUCACCAGGACAGAGCUUCAUCAUCUGUCACUGGGACAGCCUUGGUCAGUGGACAGAGCCUUGUCACUGGGACGGCCCCGGUCACCGGGAUGGAGCCUCAUCACCUGUCACUGGGACAACCUCGGUCACCGGGAUGGCCCUGGUCACUGGGACGGAGCCUCGUCACCUGUCACUGGGAUGACCCCGGUCACCGGGAAGGCCCCAGUCACUGGGAUGGAGCCUCGUCACUCAUCACCAGGAUGGCCCCGAUCACCAGGAUGGAACCUUGUCACCCAUCACCGGUAUGGCCCCAGUCACCAGGAUGGCCCUGAUCACUGGGAUGGAGCCUCAUGAUCCAUCACCGCGAUGGCCCCAGUCACUGGACAGACCUCAUCACCCGUCACCAGGACAGCCCCAGUCACCAGGACAGAGCCUUGUCACCCAUUGCUGGGACGGCCCCGGUCACCAAGAUGGAGCCUCAAGACCCAUCACCAGGACAGCCCCGGUCACUGGACAGAGCCUGGUCACCCAUCACCGGGGUGCUGAGGAGCCCCCACUGCCGCCGUCACUGGGAAGACGCCGCGGGCAGCCCCUGGCGGGCCGGCCGGCAGGAGCCCCGCUCGGCGGCAGCCCCGCAGGCCGCUGCGGCGUCUGUACAAUAAAUGGCUGCCCGAGA